AGCAAUUUCUUCCUUUUUCCACCGCGCAAGAUUGCCUCUGACAAUCUCAUCCUUAAAAAAUUAUUUGCCAUAGACUUUAAAGCAUUUACCAACUUAAUUUAUCACUUUUCUUUUGAAAAUGAGUCUGAAAUUCGAACUUGGUCCUGGCAGGAUGAUCGGUGGUUCUAACCCCUGUUUCAUUAUUGCAGAAAUUGGACAGAACCACCAAGGAGAUAUUGAAAUCGCAAAGAAAAUGAUCAAGAUGGCCAAGGACUGUGGGGCAGACUGCGCCAAAUUUCAGAAGAGUGAACUUGAGUACAAGUUCAACAAGCGUGCUCUGGAGCGUCCCUACACCUCCAAACAUUCCUGGGGAAAGACAUACGGUGACCACAAACGCCAUCUAGAGUUCAGUCAUGAACAAUAUAGAGAGCUCCAGAAAUAUGCAAAGGAGGUUGGAAUCUUCUUCACCGCUUCUGGGAUGGACGAGAUGGCUGUGGAGUUCCUGGAUGAGCUUGAUGUGCCCUUCUUCAAAGUUGCCUCAUGCGAUGCCAACAAUUUCCCCUAUCUGGAACUGACUGCAAGAAAAGGACGGCCUAUGGUGAUAUCCAGUGGGAUGCAGUCGAUGGUGACAAUGAGACGGGUCUAUCAGACGGUCAAGGAACACAAUCAGAACUUCACCAUCCUACAGUGCACCAGUGCCUACCCAUUGGACCCUGAGGAUGUCAACCUAUGUGUCAUAGCAGAAUACCAGAAGGAAUUCCCUGAUAUUCCCAUCGGAUAUUCUGGCCAUGAGAGGGGAAUCAGCAUCACUGUGGCAGCAGUGGCAAUGGGGGCAAAAGUCGUGGAGCGUCACGUGACCCUGGACAAGAGCUGGAAGGGCAAUGACCACGAGGCGUCACUGGAGCCUUCUGAGCUGACAGAGCUAGUCAGAGCCAUCCGCUUGGUGGAGCGGGCCCAAGGCACGGGCAUCAAACAGAUGCUACCCUGUGAGAAAGCCUGCCAUGUCAAGCUGGGGAAGUCAGUGGUGGCUAAGGUGGCGAUACCCAAAGGCACGGUGCUGAGUAUGGAUAUGCUGGGGGUGAAGGUGGGCGAGCCGAGGGGCGUCUCUCCUGAAGACAUGGGUCAGCUGGUGGGCAAGGCCGUCACAGAGGACGUGGAGGAGGAUGGGAGCAUCACGCCACGUAUGGUGGACGUCUACAACAACAAGGGCUGACAAACAUGUUAACAUGCUGACUAGACUAGUGUUAUGAUACUGAUGGUCUGUUUACAUUUCCACCAUUUUGGCUAGAUUGAGUAGGCAUACAUCUUCAUCUAGUGGUCAUGUCAGUAUUGUAGCAAUGCCUAACCCCAAUUAUUUUCCUCGCUUUAACCUCAGUCUCAUAACCUGCUGUUAUUUCACCAAACCUAAUGUGUUGGUUCCCCUAAUCAGCCACGUUAAUUCACCUAACCUGCCACUUUAAUUACCGCAACCCGCUAUGUAAACAGACCAUCAAUCCGACAUAUGAUCAGUAUCACCAGACGGCCACGUUGCGUGCUGGGGUGUCGCAAAAUGAAUGUACCCAUUAUUCAUUAUAUAUCAUUUAACUGCUCAUGCGCAUCAAUGGGCAUAGUCAGACGAUAAAUAGAACUUGGUUCCAUUUCAGACCCUUAAUGCCUGCAAGUCCCGCCUCUCCCAUCUACUCAUUGGUUUUCACGAGCAUACUAGCCCACGUGGGUGAUUGAAAGAUGAACGAGAAGAGAUUAAUCAAAGAACGCUGUCUAAAAACGAACUAGGUUUCCCCUUUCAUCUGUGGAUUAAUUGUCGGAGUAGAGAACAUGAUUUUGUAUGACAACAAAACAUUCUGCAAAGAUUCAGCAAAAAAAGGGACCCCAUAUUUAAACUAACAAACCAAUGUUUAUGUCCCAGGGCAAAUUAGCUAGCAAUAGUUAAAUAUCCGUGAAUGAGUCGUGUGUUUCAACCUGUCCCCAAAUUAAUAUACUGUAGUUUGUUUUUAUAAUUUAACCUGCUUGUCAUGAACGUCUCUGAUGGGGAUAGUCGAAAUCAACAUUUCAGGGGGCUGGUUUGGUGAAGCGGCACAUGCAUGCAUUCGCAUGUUGAUUUUGUCCAUCCACAUCAGAUGCGAUCAUGACACUCAUGUGAAAAUAUCAAAGGCAACUGUGAACAAACUAUAUUCAUUUGUGGACAGUUCGAAACAAUCAUGGACAUUUAGGUCGCUAUCUGUUGCUAGAUAGUUUGUCCUGGGAGAUGAACAUUGAGUUGUUAUUUUGCCUGACAUGCAUAUUUUCCUGAAUUUAGCUGGUUCUUUGUACAAUUUUGACCCGGAGUCGUACAAAAUCGUGUGUUUCUCUACUCCAACGAUAAAUCCCCACCACAGAUGAAAAGAGAAACCUAGUUAAUUAUCUUUAAUGAAUCUCUCGUGUAUUUCAAGAAUCAACGUGUCUUUGUAUCUUUUUCCUGAGAUCCAAUAAGGAGGCGACAGUCAACACACAGUGCAUCUCAAAUAGAACCAUGUUCUACUGUAGCUCUUGGCUACGCAGAAGUAGGCGCGAGAUGUGGGGGAAAUUAUUGAAUAACAUGUAAGUGUAACAAAAACUUAAACUAAAGUAAAAACUAAAAUUGGAAAAACUAUUCUGUAACCUGUAAUAAAAUAAUUAAUAAAAAUAUUUGAAAAACUAAAACUAUACUGAAACAACAAUUUAAGACCUUUUCAUUUUUUUUUUUUACUACUGGGGUUUUCGACACUGAUGUGUAUAAACCCUGGAUUACUGACAGGGGGCGCUGUAUAGAAGCCACCGCAUAGCCAUCUUGGCACACCUCAUUUGGAAGCUAUAGAAAUGCAUUUUUUAAAUGUCUACAUUAGUUUUUGACAUGUGUAUUAUAUUAGACACCUUAAAACAUACUUUGAAAUUAUAUUAUGUGAGCUAAACAUAAAAAAUGAAAAAAUAUAUAAAACAUUUCUUAGUCUUUUUUUUAGAGAGAGUACUACUUUUACUGUGCCCACUACAACAAGAAAACAUACUUAAAUACAUGUCAUUUUUUCCUUUAAAUAUUUAAUUGAAAUACUGUAGAAUUACAUUCAUUCCUAUGGAGGACUUCUCCAACAAGGGAGUACCAAUAGCAAUCCAGGGUAUAUAUACGUCAUUGGUUUUCAAGCUUCCGUCGGUUUAAAUGCUUCUAGUAGAUGGUGAUGUUUCAAAUAGGCCUAGUUUGUGCAUCACUAGUUAUCAGUGAAGAAAGGCAAAACCCCAUAUGAGAUUAUUUAGAGUAUAUUACUGGAAAGGACAAAUUGAAUUGUAUUGUAGUGUCAGAAGAUGGCAGCCAGUGUGGAACAGAGAUUAAGUAAAAUCAAGAUGAAGUCAAGGUGAGACAGCCUCCAGCUAUUACUAGCUCAACGUCAACGGCAACCAGUAGCAGAAACUUGGUAACCUCAUUCAAAUUAGUUUAAAAAGAGAGAAGAAGCACUGUUUAAUUUAUUAAUCGAGUCUGUCACGUCUAAAGACUAUGCGAGGAGCCAGGAGUAUUCAACACUAACCUAACAAGUGUUAAUUGUUGGCAAUUUUGUUUUUUACUGUGUGGUGGAUUAUUGACCUGCAUCAUUAAAACGGAUGUUAAUUUCUGUCAACAAUCAAAUUACUGCUGGCUGUCACUCAAUAUGUUUUUCAGAUGCAAAAUUCUACAAUAUUACAUAAACAUAACAUGUUAAAUGUGGAUUUUUUGUUGUUGCUUUUGUUGCAGCUGUUUUUUAUUAACCUUAUUUGAAGGUGUUAGUGAAUCUUACGUUUAACCUUAAUAAACUCUGGCUGAAAAUGUUA